CGCCAGUUUGAAUUUCGAUCUGCUGCAGAACAGACGUGUGUGCUGCGCCAGAGUUGUAGUGCUUGUGUUGUAGUGUCUGUGCUUGCCCGCCCAAUUGUGCAAGGCACGUACUGUAGCUUACCGCGCGCAUAGAACGCGCCAUUGCAAUAAAUCAAGCGAAAAGUAUUUAAUUAUCAACAAAAUGCACCAAAGCGAAAUGUACAUUCGAUGCGCAUUCGAUAUUUAUUGAUUAACACAUCGCAGAAACAACAACAACAACAUCAGCCAACGACCGAGUGUAUGUGUGUGUGUGUUAGCUCGUCUCUAUGUGUGUUCGUGUGGGUGCUGCGAUCGACGAUAGUUAGUGUGUGUUAGGGGUGUGCGCGGAGUACCGUUGCCUAGAUCGUAACACUACGUUCAAAGUGCCGCGCGACUGCAUUGUUUUGACUUUGAUCGUGUGCUAAGACCUCCCUCCAUCUCUUUCCCCCAUCUCUCGCUGCAAGCGCGUGCGUGUCGUAACUUUUGAUUAGCUCUUUUUAUCCGACGCGUCUCGUCUUCAGCCAGCGACGCCGCGCCGACCAGGAGCUGCAGCUCACCCUUUGGAACAUUGCGCUUCACAUUGUUGCUGCUACUGCUACUGCUACCUAUUUUGUAGUUGUUAUUUUCGAAACUUAUCGCCGCCUACAUCACAUAAUUUGCUGCAGCUGUUGCCGUUUCGAAGAUAUUGUUAAAGAAACAAACGUUCAAAAAUGCGUCAAUAAUUCAUGUCUUUGGCCAGCUGCUCGAGCCACACACCUGUGUAACUGAAGGUGUGAUCUCUAUGGUUGUUUGUUAUAUCAUUUGUGAUUUCUGAUUUACAAUACAAUUCGAAAAGCUAAUGCGAAAGAGACUCGACAACACAACAAAUACGCAACAUUCGCAAAUAAAUUACAACAGCAACAACAACAGCAGCAAACAACAAUAACAAACAAUCAUCAGCAUCCGACAAUAAUGUCAAUUAAUAAAAGUGUUGAGGUGGGCGUGGCCACUGGCCGUCUGUGCGCCGCCUUCGCCGUGGCUCUGAUCUGGCUGGCUUUGGGCGCCGAGGCACACGUGGCCCUCACGUACCCACCUGCUCGCCGCCUGGACCUGGAUUUCUUGGACAAUGCGCGCACAAAGGCGCCUUGCGGCAUGCCCAAAGGCUCCAUACGCACCUCGUUGCUGUCGGGCUCCGUGUUUAAUGUCACCUGGCAUUUGGCUUUUGCGCACAGGGGCGGCUUUCGUCUGCAACUUUUGGAUGCGCUCGACAGACCCGUCCUGGAUCUGACACCGCAUGUCAACAACUCGGAAUUCGUGACCCCAUCUGUCACCGCUCAGUCGUAUCAGGUGAGCAUACCCAAGGAUUUUGAGUGCUACAAUUGUACGCUGCGUCUGCUGCGUCAGGCGGAUGAGUGGUCGGGCAGCUACCGGUUCUGGUCCUGCGCGGAUGUGGACAUCAAGCAGCGCAAGGACUUCAAGGAGACCUGCUCCGGCAAAGGCAAAUACUUCCCCUCGCGCUGCAAGUGCGAGAAGAACUACUACGGGCCGCAGUGCCAGUACCACGACGAGUGUACCACCAAUGCGGAUUGCGGUGCCCAGGGCAAGUGCAUCGAUCUGGAUGCCACCUCACUGCCGCGUCGCCAAUGCUUCUGCAACUUCGGCUGGCACGGCAUUGGCUGCAACAAGCGCUCGCCCUACAAGUCCACCAACCUCGAUCUGUCGGGCUACAGCAAGAAGGAGCUCUCGCCCGACUAUCACAUGUAUUGGCGUCUGCUGGAAGAGCAGAAAGAGAUCGAGGUCGUGCUCAAGGUGAACAGCACCUCCUGGGUGGGCUUCGGCUGGCGUCCGCGUGGCAUGACCCCUGAGUGCAAGAAUUUUCCGCUAUUGAGAGACAUUGGAGACUUGACGACAACGCUGGAGAGCGCCGCAAGUGCACCGGAGCCAAAGAGCGAACCAGAGCCCAAGAGCGAACCAGAGCCCAAGAGUGAACCAGAGCCCAAGAGCGAACCAGAGCCCAAGAGUGAACCGGAACCCAAGAGUGAACCAGAGCCCAAAAGCGAACCAGAGCCCAAGAGCGAACCAGAGCCCAAGAGCGAACCGGAGCCCAAGAGUGAACCUGAGCCCAAGAGCGAACCAGAGCCCAAGAGUGAGCCUGAGCCCAAGAGUGAACCGGAACCCAAGAGCGAACCAGAGCCCAAGAGCGAGCCAACCGCCGAGCCCAGUGCCGAGCCGAGCAGCAAGGCCAAGCGUGUAGCCAAGCACGAGGAUGAGCUGGCCAACAUAGACGGUGUCACCUCAGUGGCCACCAGCGUCUCUUAUCGCGUUAGCACCAAAUCCGGACGCAGUCGCCGCCAAGCUACAGAGCCUAAUAGCACAGCGGAGCCAAAGAGUGAGCCGGAGCCAACGACAACGAGUGAACCAGUUCCAAAAAGUGAGCCGGAGAGUACAACUCCGGAGCCAAAGAGCGAACCGGAGCCGAAGAGCGAGCCAGAGCCAAAGAGUGAACCAGAACCAAAAAGUGAACCGGAGCCUAAGAGCGAGCCAGAACCCAAGAGCGAGCCGGAACCUAAAAGUGAACCAGAGCCCAAAAGCGAACCUGAGCCCAAGAGUGAACCGGAGCCCAAGAGUGAACCGGAGCCUAAGAGCGAGCCAGAACCGAAGAGCGAACCAGAGCCCAAGAGUGAACCGGAACCCAAGAGUGAACCAGAGCCCAAGAGCGAGCCAGAGCCUAAGAGCGAACCGGAGCCCAAGAGCGAACCAGAACCUAAGAGUGAGCCGGAGCCUAAGAGCGAGCCAGCGCCCAAGAGCGAACCAGCGCCCAAAAAAUCCGCCAAUCUUCAGUCAGCAGAGCCGAAGUACAAGCUUAAUCCGUACACUCCACGCCACGACUUCAAUCCCAUGGACUGCACGGAUGUUGUCAUUGGUGCAGCACGUGGCAUGGCCAGCCGUGUGGGUGACUAUUACAGUCGGGAUCGUUCCACGCCGCGAGUCGAUGAGGUCUUCGGUGGCAAGUCGAACUUGGAGCUGGGCACCGGUUUCGAGGAGAACGGCAUGACCACGAUUAUCUUCCGCAAGAAGUUGGUGGCCACCGAGCCUACAGAUCACACUUUGGACGAUGCGCUCACCCACGUGAUCUGGGCCAAGGGUCAGGAGCCGGGCAGCUUUGUGCAUGUGCCAGCCGCUAGCUCGGGAAAUGAAUCACCAAUGCCCAAGGACUUUUAUCAACAGGACGAGAUCAAAUAUCAUGGACACAAUGCACAACGUGGUGUUACCCAAAUCAACUUCUUUGAGAAAGAAAAAUCCAGCUCGAGCAGCGAUCGCAACGAUCUGAGCUCAAAUGUGCUGGACAACGAUUGCUAUGGCCACUGGAAGUACCCCUCGAGCUGCUCGCCCCAGGAGCACAGCUGCGAGUAUUACGCCACCUGGGAAACGGUGGGACGCGGCGACGAGAUGCGUUGGCACAUUGAAACUUCGAACACACAAACCUGGACGGGCAUCGGCUUCAGCGCAGAUCAACGCAUGUCACAGACGGAUGCCAUCAUCGGCUGGGUGGACGGACGCACCGGUCGUCCAUUCCUGAUGGACACCUGGGUGCUGGGCUAUGCGCCGCCCAAGCUGGACGAUCGCCAGGACAUUUACAAUGCCUCUGGCCGCAUCGAGAAGGGCGUCACCAUCUUGGAGUUUACGCGCAAGCGGGUCAGCAAUGACGAUCAGGACCUAUCCUUCACGGACGACAAUUGUCUGUAUUUGUUCUUCCCCGUGCUGGGCGGUGCCUUCAACGUGGUCAACAAGAAGACACGCAAGCACGAGCAGGUGCCACCCAUCUCGGCGCAACGUGUCUGCAUCAAGUCCUGCGGCAAGGAGCUGGAAGCUGUAUUCGUGGGCACCAGCACUCCAGCGCCCACGCGUCUGGUCUAUGCCGUGGGCGUGAAGCUUAUGAAUCUGGCCGAGUCCUUUGAGGCACCGCAGCCAGGCACCGUGGACUUCAACAAUCUGGCAGCUACCAUUUCGGACUCCUUCAAUGGCAUACUUUCCCCCAUACCUGGCUACUAUAAAACUGAAAUUAUUGGCUUUGAAAAGCAAGGGAACUCCAUGGUGGCCAAGGUUCAGGCCAUGUUCGACAAGGCCGAUGUAGAGAAACAGCAUGCGCUGGACACCAACAACAUAGAGAAGGGCAGCGAGGCGGCUGUGCAGAAAAAUGCGGAUGCCAUUAAGGCAGCGCUGCUGGAUCAAAUCAACACCGGCAAGGUGGGCUCCCUGACCGUGGAUCCACAGUUCCUGGACUUCGAGGCGCUGGAAUUCAAGAGUGCCGACGAUAUGAGUGCUAAGGAUACUCUGCUGUCGUUCUUCGAUCUGUCCGAGACACGUUUGUAUAUUGUCCUAGGUCUGAUUGCAGCCCUGGUGCUUAUCGCCCUGAUCCAAGCAUUCUGCACCAUACUGAAGACCUCGCGCAAGAGCAAGAGCACUAAGGAGAAACUCUUACAGAACUCCCCGUGGAAGGAGUUUGCGUCUAACACGAACUACGCCUUCGAUCCGUAUGGCGAAACUGAGGAGAAGCACAUGACCAGCAGCACAACGGCCAAGGAGAAGGCACGCAAUCGCUCCACCGCCAGCAGCCAGCAGACCACCCUGCCCAUGUCCCACUCACCCACCAGCAAAUCCCAAAUGUAUUAUGAGAGCAAUGGCAAUGGCAACAGCAAUAGCAAUGGAAAUGGCAAGCAUAGCAGCAACGGCAAUGGCAACCGGUCCUCGAACGGUCGCCCCAUGAUGCAGGAGAGCAGCGUGGGCGGCACUGCAAGCACAGCACCCGGACCCUAUUCACGUGGCAGCUAUGCGGAGCGCGCCUAUUCGCUGCCCCGCCAGAAUCAUCAUUAUCAGCAGAGCUCGGCUAAUAUGCAGCCCUCCGGCUACUAUACGCACGAUCGACGUGCGGCGCGCCAGGAGCGGGAGCGGGAGCGUGAACGGGGCGAUGAGCGACGUGCGCGACAUGAGCGCGACUCCAGCUAUGAUCGAUCGCGAGAGGAUCCUCGUUUGAAUGGUGGCUCUGACACACCAGACUUUUAUUUCAUGCCGUCGCAACGCAAGUACUCCGGCGAAGUGGUGCGUGUUUAUGUGGACUAUAACAAGGAUCCAAAGCACUAAGCAACAACAACAAUAUAACAAGCAAACCGUCCCUUGGGGCAUACAAAAUGAUGAGUGCAUACACAAAAAAAAAAGCUUAUUUAAAAAUCUUGUUUUAAGUCCUUUCUUCGAACUAUAUAUUCCGUCCUUCUAUCCGACCCACUGCUGCUUCUCGUUUCGAUUGCCAUAAAGCAGUUUCACUGCAUGCGUUUUUACAUGGGGGACUUCCCUUUGUUUUCUCUUUAUUUUUUGUUUCAUGGUGCGCCAGCUUUAUCUAAACGCACAAAGUUAAUUUAGAUGCAGUUCAGGAAAUGUUUCAAAAAAAUAUCCACAAUUUAGUAAAUUGUAAAUAUUUUGCAUAGAAUAUAAAUGUCUGAACAAGUAUUGAUUCAGGACUUUUGCAAUGUUUUCUAUUUCAUGUGCAAAGAAAUAUAGUCACUGUAUUUAAUCAAAUUAAAUAUAUAUAUAUGUAUGUUAAUAUAUAACUUUUAAAUAUGUUGGAGCGCAUUAUACGAUAUAAUAAUACUCGUACAAAAUGUUUAAUUUUAUAAUACAUUAAUUAAGUACAUAUUAAUAAAGUUAGGCAUGUAAAAUACCAUAAAAAAUCUAAUUCUUAUUAUUUUA